AUGACCAGUAAAUUUGACAAACAAAAAUUUUUUUCAGGAAAAAAUUACGACGAGUUGAAAGCGGAAUGUCUGAAGAAUGGGAGUUUGUUUGAAGAUCCGGAUUUCCCAGCUGCAGAGUCCAGCGUAUUCUACACUGCUGCCAAACAAGUAAAGUUAGACUGGCUCAGACCUAAGGUUAUACUUACUACUGAACCGCAAUUCAUCGUGCAAGGAGCAACAAGAUUUGACAUCAAGCAAGGAGGCAUGGGUGAUUGCUGGUUGCUGGCGGCCAUGGCCACCCUGACCCAGUACCCUAAGCUGUUUGGCGGGGUCGUCCCUCACAGCCAAUCAUUCGACAGGGACUACGCGGGGAUUUUUAAAUUCAAUUUCUGGGUGUUCGGGGACUGGAAGGAAAUUUACGUCGAUGAUAGAAUCCCGACAAAAGAUGGCAAAAUGAUUUUCUUGCAUUCAGCAGAUGUAACCGAAUUUUGGAGUGCCCUUUUUGAGAAGGCCUAUGCCAAAUUGGUUGGAUCCUACGAAGCAAUGGAUGGGGGUUCGAUGGGUGAGGCGUAUGAGGACUUUACAGGGGGCAUAGCAGAGGAGUUUGAUCUGGCAGAUAAACCUCCAAAGAACUUGCUCGGCAUAAUGAUGAAAGCCUACGAAAGAAACUCACUGAUGGGUGCAGCUAUCAUUAUGCCCAUCCAGAAAGCAAACGGAGAGAUAGAUAUGAGGCCUAUGAUAAGAUUGCGCAACCCUUGGGGAUCUGAACAUGAAUGGAAAGGAAAGUGGAGUGACGGCUCAGAGGAGUGGAACUCCAUAACAGAUGAGGUGAAGAAAGAGAUCGGACUGGUCGUCAAUGAUGAUGGAGAGUUUUGGAUGGAUUUCAAAGACUUCAGUGACUGUUUUAAUGACCUUGAACUCUGUCACCUGUCCCCAGAUAACCUGGAAGAUAGAGAUCCAAUAACAGGACAACCAGCCAAGAAAUGGUGCAUGAGUAGGUUGGAUGGAUAUUGGAGAAGGAAGUUGAACGCUGGAGGCUCUCCCACAAAUCCUGAAACUUUCUGGAUUAAUCCGCAAUAUCAUUUCGAAGUGAUAGAUUAUGAUGAAGAUGAUGACAAGAACGAAGGGACAGUCAUCAUCUCUCUGAUGCAGAAAGACAGGCGAAAGUUGAGAUUGGAAAAUCGCGAUAAUCUUGUCAUAGGAUUUAUCAUUUUUAAGAUGGAUGGUCCGGCUAGCAGGCCUUUGUCAAGGGAACAACUCCAUGAAGAUAAUGCAGUCGAGUGGUCUAGAACGUAUACAAGUGCAAGGGAAAUCUGCGUUAGAAUGAAACUCCCACCUGGCAACAUUAUCAUUCUUAUCAUCACAGGACAUUAUUGUUUGGUGCCAUCAACUUAUGAGGCUGGUGAUGAGGGGGAUUUUCUUAUAAGGAUAUUCAGCGAGAAGCCUGUAGCAUCCGGACAAAUUGACGAUAAGACAGCCAUCAAAGAAUGCGAAGACCUCGCCACGAUGUCCCUGAGACUUGCGUUUGAGAAAAUAACAGGGAAGGAUGGAGAGAUGAAUGCUUACCAGCUUCAAAACCUCCUCAAGUCUGUCUUCAGCAUUGGAGAGAAGCAAGUUGAUGGAUUCUCAAUUGAAACUUGCAAAAGCCUCCUGGCCUACAGAGAUCGAGAUGUUUCCGGCAAGUUAUCUUUCUACGAGAUGAAGCUACUGUGGGAUGACGUCAAAUUUUGGAAGGUCGCUUUCGACAAAUAUGAUGCUGACAAAAGCGGAUCUUUCAACAGCUACGAGCUGAGAGAAGCUUUGUAUAAUCUGGGAAUAUCAGUGAGUCAGAGCACGUUCAACGCCCUGGUGCAGAGACACAGUAGUAGGGAGGAUAAAAUCUUCCUCGAUGACUUCCUCCAUCUCAUGGCGAGAGUCAUGACCAUGUUUGGUCAGUUACUCGUCCGAUGA